GCUCGUGCGCGUGACAGAACCGGAGCGGUGUGUACAGAGGACGGGACGCGGGAGGCGCGAUGUCGGCGUGGAUUAAUGUGGUUAUUAUCGUUAUAUUCGGGACGGCGGAGGUGAGCGCGAGGCGACAGGACGAGUCGGUGCUGGUGGGAAGCGUGAUGCGCGCGCGCUGCGUGUCCCGGUGCCUCAGUCUGCACCGCACGCGCAUCUCCGCUGUGUGUAAACACGCUCAGGGAAACGGAUCUCUGGUUUGGUGUCAGAGUCACAAGCAGUGUUCCAAGUGUCUGGAGCCCUGCAAAGCAUCAUGGGAUCUCAGAGAGAGCGAGUGUCAGGAUUUGUGUGAGACCGUCUUCCCCAAUAAACAGUCCGAGUGUGUGGUGAGCUGUGAGUUUUUCCUCUCGGUGGAGUCGGUGAAACAGGGGGCGUGUCCAGCUCCGGAUCGAGCGAGCGGAUUUGCUGCUGCCUGUGUGGAGAGUUGUGAGAGCGACGCCCACUGCUCCGCCCACAAGAAGUGCUGCUCGAAUGGCUGUGGACGAACCUGUCAGCUUCCCAAGAACGUUUAUAAAGGUGUUCCUCUGAAGCCCAGGAGCGAAUUGACGUUUCUUGAAUUGCCGUCAGGUCACCUGGAAGUCCGCUGGUCCUCAAAGUUUAACAUAUCAGUGGAGCCUGUGGUUUACGUGGUACAGCAGAGCUGGAAUUACGGCAUCCACCCGAGCGAAGACGACGCAACACCGUGGCAGGAUGUGGCACAGGUCACAGAGGAGCGAGUUGUGUUGGAGAUCAGAGCCACUCGCUGGUACCAGUUUCGUGUAGCAGCUGUGAACAUACACGGAACUCGUGGAUUCACGGCACCGAGCAAACACUUUCGCUCCUCCAGAGAUCCGUCUCCUCCCUCACGCCCGUCUGAGCUCAAGGUGUCCAACGUCACGGCGGAUGGCGGCGGCUCAGUAACGGCACGUCUGGAAUGGACUGUCCCUAAAGAGAUGGACGUCCCCGUCCAUCAUUAUAAAAUCUCCUGGAGCUGGAGCACUUUGGGAAGAACCAGCAUGCACUCUAAGAAGAAGAGGAGAAAGACCAUUGAUGGGGUGAAGAGCUCAGUGAAUCUGGAAGGUCUUGCAGUAAACAGCUCGUACACUGUGGAGCUUCAGGCUGUGGCUCUGUGGGGUUCAGCCAGACUGAAAAGCCCAAAAACAUCUCUGCAGUUCAGCACAGCUCAGGAGAAUGAGCACACGAAACUCACAAGGAAACUGAAGCACAUGUUUUCUUCACCGUCUCUGGAGGCAGGAACGCCGUUUUAUCAGGACACACAGCUGCAGGUUCGAGUUUACUGGAAGAAGAGAGGAGAUCCCACAAUGAGCCGCUUCCAUGUCCAGUGGACACCUGAACUCUGCCUCCACAACCAGACCAAAGCCCUGGAGAAAUCUGUCACACACGAGAGUUUCAUCCACUUGUCCGGGCUGCUUUUCUCCUGUCAGUACAGAGUGACUGUUCACACACUCAGAGCUAAGAAACACUCUGAACUCGGCACCGUCACCUUCACCACACCGUCUUGUCCUGCUGUACGGAGCAAAAGUCACAAAUCCAUCAUUUGUCCAGGAGAAGAAGCAGCCGUGAAAGUGGCAUCAAAACCCGAGAACCUGACGGCGUCUUUCACGGCUAACGGGGAAAACGUCACUGGACACUUCUUCUGGCGUGUUUCCCGCCCUCAGCCUCAUCAGCCAAUCACAGGCUUCCAGGUCACUUGGGCAGACGUGACAGUGGUGAAUCGGGAGAACAGCAUUCCCAACAGCAUCGUUUCCCAGUCACAGAUUCUUCCUCCAGAUCAUAACUUCCUGGAGGUGCUGAAUCUCAGGCCCAUGUCCUCCUACAGAUUAGAGGUUCAGGUCAUCACCAGUGUAGGAGAAGGCCCUUCUACCAUGAAGGUUUUCCACACACCCAGUGUUUCCUCAGGUUACAGGCUUAAACUUCAUCAGCACUCAGGACACCAGAAGCACUGAGAGCAGAACAGUCAUUAGAAAGUUUCAUUGGCUUACAGACAAACUCUUAGAUCGAUUCCGCCACUGAAGAACUACUUCUGGAUUUGGUUCUGGCUUGUUUCACCUGCUGAAAUGAAACCCUGGCUGGUUCUCCUGGUAAAACUGGUUCUGGUGUGAUUUUCCUACUAUAGUUGGAUCUGGACUAGCAUUUGGCAGAUGUUCAAACUGAACUAGUAAGGACAUCAGUAUAAGAUUUGGUUCUGCCACUGGUUCUCCUCCUAAACCUAGAUAAGACCUGCUUCUGUACUGUAUAAACUGACAGAACUGGUACUAGAGCGGUUCUCCUAAAGACGUGACCUGUGGACUGGUUCUCCUUCUGACACCACUGAUUCUGCACUGUUCCUCUGUCUACAAACUUACAGACUGGUUCUGCUCAUGAAACUGGUUCCACGUCUGCAACCAGAACCCGGUUCUGAAAGGUACUAGACUACUAGUAUGUUGUUUUUAAAUUGAAAUAAAAUAUUUUUCUACUUCAGAGCCAUGUUGAGGUUUUGAACAGAUGAAUGUAUCUUCAGAAAUGUGGAAUUUUAGCAGCUUUUGACUGGAAAAUGUUCAAAACUGAACAAAAGAUCGUCUCUAAAUAUCUCUGCUUUUUAUAAGUCACGUUAGCGCUGAAAGUCACGUCUGGUGUCUUCACUGAAGUCAUUUUCCACUAACACAUUAACCGAGAGUGGACGUGAGCGGCGUUACUGCGUAUAUUCUUUAUUAAUAACUUUGGGAUUAAACUGAUGAACUGUGUAUGUUCUCGCAGAACGUUAUUGAUCACUAUAUCAGUAUUUAUUUGUGUGUAUGUUCUGGGUGCUGUUUGUGUGGACUGUACUGUUGUACGCUCUUGUUUUUUUCUGAAACUCACAGCUCCUGGUUCAGAGGUUUUGUAUAAAAUGAAAAGUGUUAAUAUGAUAUGAUAUAUUUUUGUCAUUUAUU